CAUGCAGGGCAGGAGGCCAAUUUUUGAACAUCCCGAGCCAUCCAGUCUCUUCAAGUUUUGCUGUCUCUGCGAAGCAGAACUCGAGUUAAAUGCGCUGUCCUCCAUUCCCGAGCGAGUUGACGGCAGCCUUCUUUUUUUUGUAAGAGGGUCACCAACUCUCCCUUUUUUGUUUCAUUGGCACCGUUAUUCAGUUUAAUGCAUUAGUUAUCGCCCAACCAUCAACAGAUUUUUUUCGUCUGUUGAAGCCUGCACUCUCCCCCUCCCUCACCACAACUCUUCGAGAACAGCGAGGCAGCGUGACGACACGGCUGCUGCGCAGGCUCUCUUUGUUACCCUCAAGAUGCUUGUCCGCCCGGGCGCCGCACGACAACCCCUCCCUAUACGCCGUCUUCUCUCGUCCGCCGCCUCUCUCCGAAAUGGGUCGAGAUGUUCCGUCUCCAACUCUCUCCCGUCUCUAAUUGGGAGCCGGCGGUUUCUCACAACAGAACCCGAUUCACGGCCGUGGAAGAAGAAGUCGUAUCGUGCCCUGGUCGGCUUUGAGCGCAACCUAGCCACAGCGCUUGACGAGCAUCGUUUCGGCGACGAGGUACCGUUCAAAGGUCUUCCAGCUAGCUUGGCCACCCAAUACCGACCGCGAAAGCCACAGCCGGCACCCUAUCUGCUGAAGCCGUACAAUGUCAAUUCGACGUUGAUCCUCGGCGAGCCGAAACCAUACCCGGCUAGACAGCGGGUCAACCCCCAUGGCAUUCCUGGCGACCUCGACGAGAUGCUCUCGGUAUUUGACGCUUGUGUCCAGGUCGGCAGACUGGACCGAGCCGCUUUGGUCCUUAAACGAUUCGGAAGGAUGGAAGUUCUAAAGCCCGAAGAAGAAAUUGAGCUGCACAACCGAUACCUACAGGGCCGCGUCGCGCAGCUCAUGGUAGAGCCACGGGAGGACAAGGCCGACGAGGUUCACAAGUGGUUCGAACUACACAUCCGGGCUGCUCGCCUACCGCUAACACCGGUCACUAUCGCAUGCAUGCUCAAGACGACCCUCCUCAUAGCCGGAGACAGCACUCAGGCGGCUCGGAUCGACCGCUACAUGAGCAUGAUGCCGGAGCAGAACCCUGCCGAGCCGCUCGAACUAGGGAACGUUCUCAAUGACGAAGACUUGGCAACUAUCGCCGAGAUAUGCCCGUCCUACUACGUCCCCGAGAACAUUUCCACCGCUGCGGAUGCCGAGGCUGUCUUGGAUGAGGAGGGAGAUGGACCAGUGAGCACGGGGAUUUCCGACACGACAGGGAAGCCUUCAACCGGCGCGCCGGAAGUUUUGGGCACACCACAAAAGGGGAUGGGGCUCAAAUCCCUAAAAUCGGCGCUUUCGUUGUUGUCCGAGCUUCCGGAUGGGCUAAACAUCGCCUCCCUUCCCGCAUCGCAACGUCGCGAAGUCCAGACCAGGCUCGAGAAAGAUUGCGUGGAUGCUGCCGUUUCGAGAUGGCGAAGCGAGAACGAGUCGCUCAUGGGUAUGGGGCUAAACACGCAGCUCUCAACCCCCUCCCUUAAUUCCAAGUUGUACGACUGGCAUCAGGCUUUGGAACGUAGGCUUGCCGACGAGCAAGCUAAGGUUGAGGCAUCCGAGGCGGCGAUUAAGAAAACAAAAGAGGAUAUGGAUCGUUGCGUCUACGGACCGCAUCUGCUACAGUCACCCGCCAACCGUCUUGCUGCCGUCACCAUUCUCGGUGCUCUUAGCAGCUUGGCAAUGCACGGUGCGGACAAGGGCCUCCCGCUCUCCAACAUGGUACAGCAGCUUGCCAAGAUUGCUGAGGAGGACAUCCGGGCCCAGAACCAGGAGAAACGUGCUCCAAACGCCAAGUCGAAAUCCCAUCAACAAAAGAGCGCUCGGCAGUUGAUGCGGCUCUACGACUCCGCCCCGGCCGUACCUGAAACCCCGGCCGUGCCUGAAGGUACGCCGCCAGUUUCCGCCGCGACCACAGCGAAUAGUCCCGCUUCGGAAGAAGAAUCCUUGGAGGCGCGCUGGCCGAUAUUGAUCAAGGCGAAGUUCGGCGCCGUUCUUCUCGCCGCUCUGAUGGACAGCGCAAAGAUUUCCGUCGAGCGGGAGCACCCAGUCACCAAGGAGAAGUUGAGCCAAACCCAGCCAGCUUUCACUCACGCCAUUCAACUCAAGAAGGGGAGGAAAGUAGGCGUGAUCCAGCCCAACCGUGGAUUGAUAGAGCUCAUGAAACGGGAGCCCAGGGGCGAAGCAUUGGCUCGCCAUUUGCCCAUGGUUGUCGAGCCCGUGCCCUGGUCCAAGUUCGACAAGGGCGGUUUCAUCUCAUCGCCAAACCCUCUCGUUCGGCUAAAGAACCAUGAGAAAGACCAACGCAUCUACGCCGAGGCAGCCAUCGAGCGGGGAGACAUGGAGCAGAUGAUGAGGGGCUUAGAUGUGCUGGGCAAAACUGCUUGGAGAAUCAACCGCCCCGUCUUCGACGUGAUGCUUGAGGCAUGGAACAGCGGCGAGGAGUUCGCCAACCUGCCCGCGUUGGAUCCCAAGAUUACCAUCCCCCCCGAACCGGAUUCGACAGACGACCCGAUGAAGAGGCGCGUGUGGCUGAGGUCGGUCAAAGCCGCCGAGAACGAGAAGUCGGGCUUCCACUCUGUCCGGUGUUUCAUGAACUUUCAGUUGGAGAUCGCAAGGGCCUUCCGGGAUCAGACCUUUUACUUUCCUCACAACAUCGACUUCCGCGGGCGCGCCUACCCGAUGCCGACGUAUUUGAACCACAUGGGUGCCGACCACAUGCGUGGGCUCUUGCUCUUCGCCAAGGGUAAGCCGCUGGGUGAGAAGGGCCUGGCCUGGCUCAAGGUCCAGCUUUCCAACGUAUACGGAUUCGACAAGGCCAGUCUGCAGGAGCGCGAGGCCUUCGCGACCGAAAACCUGGAAAACAUUUUCGACUCGGCCGAUAACCCGCUCACGGGGAAGCGGUGGUGGCUCCAAGCCGAAGACCCCUGGCAAUGCCUUGGCGCGUGCUUCGAGUUGAAGGCGGCCUUGUCAUCUCCGGAUCCCACCGCUUACGUCUCGCACUUGCCCGUCCACCAGGAUGGCACCUGCAAUGGCCUGCAGCAUUAUGCCGCGCUUGGUGGUGAUACUUGGGGCGCGCAACAAGUAAAUCUCCUGCCAGGAGAGCGCCCCGCCGACGUCUACUCGGCCGUCGCCCACCUGGUACAGGAGGAGGUUGCAAAGGAUCUGGAAGCCGGCAACGAUUUCGCCAAGGCCGUGGACGGAAAGAUCACUAGGAAGGUUGUCAAGCAGACGGUCAUGACCAACGUCUAUGGUGUCACGUUCGUGGGCGCCAAGAAGCAGGUGCAAAAGCAGCUGGACUCGCUCUAUCCCGAUAUCGAGCAGGAGACAGGCGUGGCUUCCACCGUGCUCGCGUCGUAUCUCGCUGCCAAGGUGUUCCUGGCUCUGUCGACAAUGUUCCGCGGCGCCCACGACAUUCAAAAUUGGCUCGGCGAGAUUGGCGGCCGCGUGUGCCGUGCUAUGACACCGGAACAGCUCGAGCGGGUCGCCGGGAUGUCGGGCGAAGCAGUCAAACCCAAGAAGACAUCCAAAAAGCUGGAUGUAGAGGACGAGAUGGCCGCCCAGUUCCGGAAUACGCUCGUUUGGACAACGCCCCUGCGGAUGCCCGUGGUUCAGCCGUAUAGGAAGAGCGGAACUCGGAUGAUCUCGACGUGUCUGCAAGACCUGGUCUUGACCAACGUGGACCGGGACGAUCCGGUGAACCGGCGGAAGCAGCUCCAAGCGUUCCCUCCCAACUUCAUCCACUCGCUCGACGCCAGUCACAUGAUGCUGUCGGCCCUCGAAUGCGACGCCAUCGGGCUUACCUUUGCCGCCGUGCACGACUCGUUCUGGACGCACGCCGCCGACGUGGAUGACAUGAACGCCGUCAUCCGUGAUUCCUUCAUCCGUAUCCAUCAAGAGGACGUCAUUGGCCGCCUCAAGGCCGAAUUCGAGGCGAGAUACCGCGGGUCCAUCUACCGGGCCAAGAUCGACUCGAAGACGGAAGCCGGCAGGAAGAUCAUCGAACUCCGCAAGUCCCGCCGCAUGAAUGCGAAGGAUGAACUCUUGGAGGAGAGGCGGCGCCAACUCUUUCUGCGCUCCAUAGACCCGGAGGAGGUGAGGGAAGCCCAGGAGAUGGUCACGCCCGCCAGCAUUUUCGAAUCCCUGGCGACGCCCGAUAUGAUAUUGAAUGAGGUCGAUCCCGAGGAGAUGCUCGGUGACGGGGAAGGGGACGGGGAUGGGAAGAGUAUCGCCACGGAAGAGCACCGAGCGGAUGAACCCCCUGUCGAGGGUAAGGGCGUGGAUGGUUUGCAAAACUUCGCGGCAAACCUGGGGGAACUCUACGGCACCAAUUACUUCAUGAUGGAAAUGGACAAGCCGAAAAGGUCGAAGGAAACAAGGGCGAAGUCGACGCGGAACCCCCAGAUCCAGCUCUGGCUGCCGCUCACGUUCCCCGAGAUCCCCCAGAAGGGCGACUUUGACGUUAAGCAACUCAAGGGGAGCAAGUACUUCUUCUCUUGAGCAACCCGUCAAGGCGGGGGCAUCGGGUCACGGUGGAGCGGGACAUUUUCUGUUGUACCAUGAAGAGUGCAUUGUUCCUGGUUGCUUUUGUGGCGUUUUCUGAAGAGGUCUUUUACGAGGCGGCAUGGUUGGCGUGGCGUUUGCGAAAAGAGGGGGUUGUUUGAGAUGCGUGUAUGUACGUUAACGUCUGGAUGGAGGCGGGCGGUGAUGCUCAGGUACAGGUAUUUACUCCUCCUUGAGGGUGUUGUAUAGUACGCGGGGCCAAUGUAUUUGAAACUUCAUUAAAGAU